AAAUUUUUUAAAAUUCUGAGAUGACGGAUAAGAAAAAAUUUCAAACGCUAAAUAAAUUUAAGUUGAAUUUUCAACCAUAAUUUUGAUAAGUUAGUAAGAUGGAUUUAUGAUAGAUAGUAAGUUGACCAUCGAUUGUUCAUUGAAUAUUUUUUAAAAUAAUGAAAGUUAAUUAAUAGGAAAAACUUACAUUAAUAUCUAAAAAAUUACUAAAUUUGAUGAAUGGGUGAAUUUAAGGUAGAAAUCCAUGCAUCAAGAUAGUAAUAACAUAUAGAAAGAUGUUAAUUAAUUUUUUUUAAAGAAAUCAAAAAAACAAACUAUAAUCAUUUAUGUAUAUAAAAAACAGAGAGAAAAAAAUCAAAUUAAUUAUUGAUAAAGAAAAUACAGAAUAAAUAAGAAAAAGGAUGAUUGAAAUAAAGAAGACUUUAUUAUUUUUGUUAUAUUUUUUAAUUAACUGCUGUUAGUGCUAAGAUUAAUUUCCUAUCAAAUUGAUGAAUAAUACUUACGUGUAGUACAUAAAGGAGUUUAAUUCCAUAAUUUAUACCAAUUAUACUGGUUUUACCAUAUUCAGCACUCUUGAUAAGUAAGGCAAGAUUCAAAAUUCUUACAAACUGAAUAAUUAUUAGACAAACAAUCCUAAAGGCUAAGCAUGUUUCAUAAAUGAAACUAAAAUUUACUUGACAGACAGUAAUUUGGCAUAUUAUUAUAUCAUUGACUUCGACAAAAUUGGAAGUGGAAAUAUUUCUGACUAUUUGUUUUAGAAAAACUAUCCUUCUUUAACUUAUGCAUGCGAUAGAUAUCUUAUAACGAAAAUAGGUUCUAUAUUCUACAAUCUAUGCUUUAGCCCUCUUAAUCCUAAAAAUAGUUUUAUAAUUUCUGCGCCAACAUUUGAUAAUUUAUUUACUUCUACUAACAUUUUGUAUAACAAUCAAAGCACUUUUUCAAAUAAUCUUUCUUAUUAAGAUAAUGAGUAUUAAUUUAUAGUAAUGGGAAAUCGAAUAUUUAUGGAUGAUGGAAAUUACUAUUACUUAAAUCAGAACCAAACCUUUAAAAUUUUAAGUAGAAAGAAUAACCUUUGCUUACUUGGUGAUUAAACCUUAUGUAAAAUGUAGUUUUAAGGUAACUAAUUGAUGAUUGCUUAGAGUUAAUAUAAUAUAAAUUCAUAAUCUAGGUUAAUAGAAUUAUAAAAUAAGCCAUUUAUUGUAGCCUAUUAUAAUAGUUAGUUUACUAUAUUUGACGUAGAAAAGUUAUAGAUAGCAAAAACUCAAGGUGCUCCAUUAAUAUAAACUAAAUUCUUCCAAUAUCAAAAUUUCCUAUUCUUUUAGAACUAUUAUCAAGAGCUACAAUAUAACCAAUCAAAUGAUACUACUGUAAUUAUUUAGUAGUCUUUAAUAUAAAAUAUUCAACAAUUUAAUAUUCCUGCACCGUUGUUUAGCUAUGGUUUUACUUUUAAUUUAUAAUCUGGAUGCUAUGCUCCUUUAUCUCACAAGUGUUUUUCAUAUCUAAACUCAAUACAAAAGCUCUAUUAAAUGAUUCCAGGAUGCUAAUAAUACUCAGAUAAUUAACUUUCAAGCUGCUUGUAAUGUAACCCUUAAUACUUCAUGUAAAAUGGAAUUUGUGUUACUAAUUGCUAAUAAGGUUACUUUCAAGACGGUGUUAACUGCUUUCCUUGUUAUCAAAAUUGCUAAAGCUGCAAUGGACUACUAUUUACAGAUUGUUUAACAUGCAAAAAAGAUCUAUAUUAGUUCUAAGACAAUUCUUGCGGAAUUUGUAAUAAUGCAACUAAUGCUUAUUUAAUCUCUGGAAAUAAAUGUGAAUGCUAAAAUGGGUUUACCUAUUUUAAUUCCACCUGUAUACAAAAAUAAGACCCAGCAUAAUAAUAAUAGCAAAGUUACUAAUCGGAAAUAUUUACAUAAAGUAAGGUACAAUAGUUUACUCAGCAGUCUUAAGUAUCAUCAUAAGUUACAUUUGCAACCACUACAAUUUUGAGCUCCAUUCAGAAUUUUUUUUCUUCUACUAACUUUGGAGUUGUUAUAAAUGGCUUAACAUGUCUCAAAUUAAGUUAUUUAACUCUAGUUGAUACAAAUCUCCCCCAUUAAGUUUAUAAUCCAUUAAGCGUCAUAAUAAAUCAAUGUCCAACUCAGUCAUUUAAAAAUCUAAAUGCUUUUUUAUUGAUAGGUGAAGAGGAUUUAAAUAUUUACUUCAAUGCAAAAUAUCAAAAUAUUGGUUUGUCUUAUAUCAUUUUACAUACCAGCGGGUCUGCUUUCUUUCUAUUAUUGAUCUGCUGUUGCUUUAUUGCUCUUUUUUAUUAUUUGUUAGAGAUAAAUAAGAAUGAAAAAAUAUUAGAAAUUUCUCAAUUAGUCUAUUAAAAAUUAUUUUGUGGUUUUAUUAUUUAGUACAUCCAGCUAGUUAUGGCAAUAUUCGUAUUAGGCAUCAACUUAUAAAUAAAAUAGUUUUUUUUUGAUUUAGACAAAAGGACAAUAGGCAUAUACCUUACUUUGAUAAUCUUUGUUUUUUUGCCGUUGACUGUAUUAAUCUUCUUAAAGAUGUAUCAAUUAUUAAAUAAAUUUGAAAAUCCUUAAAAGGAAGUGAAUUUCUUGUAAAUAACUAAAGAAAAGAUUUAAAACGAAACUAUUUCUGAAUCAAGAAUAAGAAAAAAUUUUAUUUUAAUUUAUCUUUCAUUCGAGUCAAUAAUUAUUCCAACUAUAUUUAUUUAAUUUAGCUAGAGUUGGAUUGCUUUAGGAGUAUUGUCUAUAAUAUUUUAACUCUCUUAUGUGAUAAUUGUUAUCUACUUGAGACCAUUCUAUUCAAAGUUGACAAACAGCUACUUCAUAAUUGAUUCUCUCCUUUGGCUAUUUUAAUACAUUUAAUACUUUAUUCUGAGCUCAUACAGCUCAAAGAGCAAUAUGAAUAAUUAUGUGAAAAUAAUUGAUUCAGUUAGCUAUUCCUUUUUAAUUAACCUUUAAUUUAUUUUAUUAUAUCUUACUGUUCACAUGAUAAUAGAGUUGCUUGUUAAACUUUACGAAUACUUCAAAUAAAAACUAAUGUAAAAAGAUACCAAAGAAUAAAGCAAUAAAAUUGAUAUAAACUUAAUAAGCGAACAGCAUUCUUCAAACAAUAAAUUAAUAAUCAAUAAUACUAUUUAAAUGGUAAAAAUUGGAGAAUAAAAGCUAGAAAUUUUGUAAAUAAAUGAAAGUACUGAUGAAAAAAACUUAAAAAUUUAAAUAUAAGAAUAAUUAUAAGUUUAAAAAGAAAUUUAAAGUGUAUGA